CUGCUGACGGGUUCCGUGCCAAUUGAUUGGGAACAACAUCCUAUACACCAUUUCAUUCGUGACGAUGUGAAUUUCUCCAUCAACACUGAUGAUCCGACUGUAACCGGACAAUGGCAACUUGGAGAGCAACUCAUGUGUAUGCGGGAUUUUGGUAUGACUGCUCACCAACUGGUUAAAGCAAACUUUCGAGCAGCCCAAGCCUCUUUUCUACAGGAUGACGAUAAAGAGCAAUUAAUCAAGCACUUGAUGACAGGUGCCGGGAUCACUACCAUACGUGGCUAA